CUUUAAGUCCUGUAAGUUGCGAGGUGGCACCUCUAUGGAUCGGAUUUGUUUGUUCAGCACAUCCCACAGAUGUUCGAUCGGACUAAGAUCUGGGGAAUUUGGAGGCCAAUGCAACUCCUUGAACUCUUUGACAAGUUCCUCAAACCAUUCCUGAACAAUUUUUGCAACAUUUCUGCUGAAAGAGGCCACUGACAUUAGGGAAUACCAUUGCCAUGAAGGGGUGUACUUGGUCUGCACCAAUGUUUAGGUAGAUGGUAUGUGUCAAAGUAACAUCCACAUGAAUGCCAGAACCCAAGAUUUCCCAGUAGAACAUUGCCCAGAGCAUCACACUACCUCCGCUGGCUUGCCUUCUUUCCAUAGUGCAUUCUGGUGCCAUCUCUUCCCCAGGUAAGCGACAUGUUCGCCCGGCCAUCCACAUGUUGUAAAACAAAAUCUAAUUCAUCAGAUCAGGCCACCUUCUUCCACUGCUCCAUGGUCCAGUUCUGAUGCUCACGUGUCCAUUGUAGGCGUUUUCAGUGGUGGACCGGGGUCAGCAUGGGCACUCUGACCCAAACGCAGCAAGCUGCAAUGCAUUGAAUUCAGACACCUUUCUAUCAUAGCCAGCAUUAACUUGUUCAGUAAUUUGUAGUACAAUAGCUCUUCUGUGGGAUCAGACCAGACCAGCUAGACUUCACUCCCCACAUGCAUCAAUGAGUCUUGUGUGCCCAUGACCCUGUCCCUGAUUCACGGGAUGUCCUUUCUCUGGACAACUUUUGGUGGGUAUUAACCACUGCAUACAGGGAACACUCCACAAGACCUGCCAUUUUGGAGAUACUCUGACCCGUUAGUCUAGCCAUCACAAUUUGUCCCUUGUCAAAGUCGCUCAGAUCCUUACGCUUACCCAUUUUUCCUGCUUCCAACAGAUCAACUUUGAGGACUGACUGUUCACUUGCUGCCUAAUAUAUCCCACCCCUUAACAGGUGUCAGUAUCAUGAGAUAAUCAGUGUUAUUCACGUCACCUCUCAGUUGUUUUAAUGUUAUGGCUGGUCGGUGUAUACUGUUUUUUUCACUUGCUACCUAUCCAACAGCCUUCUGAUAACUGAGAAAUAAUUAGAUGGUCUAGCUAUAUUUGUUUUUUUGUUUUGUUUUGUUUUGUUUUUUAUAAUGGUUCUUUUGCUUUUGUUUUUUGUCUGUUUGUUUGUUUGAUUGAUUGAUUGAUUGAUCGAUCUACAAUGCCUGUGUGCAACGAAGCUGAUAAAGUGACACACGUCAAGCUGAUGAUGACGUCACGUGUCGGGGGUGAAACGCUCCCUUCAUCUUGUACGUUGCAUAGAAACACAGUGUACAUCCCUGUUCAUAUUAGAUUGGGCAACAACCCAGUAGACAAGCAUUAGAUAUAAUUUUUGAACAAAUAAAAAACGUCAAGGACAAAUCGAGUCCAAACGUUACUAGUGUUUCUUUAGCACAGAGAGGUAGGGACGCGUGCGCGGCGCGAGCCGCAGUGGCGUUCUCCACCCGGUGCGGCUCGUGGCGCACUGAGAGGAGGAAGAGGAGGAGGAGCAGGACGAGGAGGAGGAGCAGGAGGAGUGGUUCACUUCCCAGCUGAACUGGCUGUCUGGAUUUUGCACAACAAGGAGGCUGACAGAGUACGAUGGCGGCUGGAGGAGGAUGUGCGGACAGCGCGGAUGAGUACCGGGCCGAGGUGGAGCGGCUGAGCCGCGAGCUCGCUGAAGCGAACCGGGAGAAGAUCCGCGCGGCGGAGUGCGGCCUCGCUGUGCUCGAGGAGAACCAGAGUCUGAAACAGCAGUGCACCGACCUGGAGGCUGAGCAGGAGACGCUCAGGAGAGAGCUGGAGCAGCUGCAGGAGGCAUUUGGGCAGGCGUACUCUAACCAGCGUAAAGUGGCAGAGCAUGGUGAGACGAAUGAGGAGACACUUCUGCAGGAGUCCGCCUCCAAAGAGGCAUACUACAAGAAUCGCCUGCUAGAGUUGCAGACGGAGCUCGACCUGAGUCGCUCAGUGGCUUCUAACACACAGGCGGAGAACGAACGGCUUAACAUGCUACUCCAGGACUUAAGAGAGAGUAACGAGAUGCUGGAGCUGCAGAAGGCCAGGAUGAGAGAAGAGAUUAAGGAGUAUAAGUUCAGAGAAGCCAGAUUGCUGCAGGACUACACUGAGCUGGAGGAGGAGAACAUCACACUACAGAAACUCGUGUCCACACUCAAGCAGAACCAGGUGGAGUAUGAGGGUUUAAAACACGAAAUCAAAGUUCUGGAAGAAGAAACAGUUCUGCUAAAUAGCCAAUUAGAUGACGCGUUGCGUUUAAAGGACAUCUCUGAGGGACAGUUAGAAGAGGCGCUGGAUGCUCUGAAGAUUGAACGAGAACAGAAGAACAGCCUGAGAAAGGAGCUAGCCCACCACCUCAGCCUGUCUGACAGUGUGUAUGGAACCAGCACACAGAUCCCCAUCUCUGUUGUAGAGGGAUUAAAGUUUGCAGAGGAGCCAACCACCAACGCCACCUUGGCCUCCGGAUCUAAUCCCAAUAAUGAGGACAGUAACAGGUGUAACGGCUGUAACGGCCAUGGGCCGAAGAUGAACAGUGACUACCACCGGCCGGGUGGGAGGAAAGAAAUGCUGAACCCUGUGUCUGAUCUGUUCAGCGAACUCAACCUGUCUGAAAUCCAGAAAUUGAAACAGCAACUCUUACAGGUGGAGCGUGAAAAUGCCACCCUACUGACUAACCUGCAGGAGUCUCAGACCCAGCUACAACACACGCAAGGAGCUCUAACAGAGCAACACAAGCGUGUGAAUUGCCUUACAGCACGUGUCAAUGCUAUGAAACGUCUGUGCAGUGACAAGCAGCUGGAUGCUGAGGAGACCGAGAAAGGGGAUACUCCUUUGAAUGGCUGCCGUGAGUAUGACGUCGACAUUAAUGGCAUUGAGAUCCUGGAAUGUAAGUACAAGGUGGCUGUUACAGAGGUCAUCGACCUGAAAGCAGAGUUGAAAGCCUUGAAGGAAAAGUACAAUCAGUCUGUGGAGAGCCAAUCAGAAGAGCGCAGCGAAAGUGAGGGGAAAGUGCAAGCACUUUAUGAUCAUGUGACAUCAUUGGAGAGGGAGUGUCGUGAGAGCCGUGAGCGAAUCACCAGCCUAGAGGCCGAGCUCCGAUGCACAUCAUCCAUGUCCAGUGAGAGUCAAGCUAUGCUGAAUGCUGCUCAGGAUGAGCUAGUUACCUUCAGCGAAGAACUUGCCCAGCUUUACCAUCAUGUCUGCUUGUGCAACAACGAAACACCCAAUCGUGUCAUGCUGGACUACUACCGCCAGAGUCGUGUUACACGUAGCGGCAGUCUUAAAGGCACUGAUGACCCACGUGCAUUGCUGUCGCCACGCCUUGCCCGUCGACUUGCUGCUGCCAACUCGUCAGAUCCUUCUCGGAGCCCUCAUGACUCACCCUUGAAGGAAGCAUUGGGUGAAGGUGGUAAAGCAGAGACAGUGAGUCCCAACAGAACCCCAUUUGGCUCCCCGGUCCACAGUGCCUCACCAGCUGCUUCACCCUUACCAGAUGCAAGCGGAGAUCUUCGCAAAGAGCCUUUGAAUAUUUACAACCUGAAUGCCAUUAUUCGGGACCAGAUCAAGCACCUACAGAGAGCUGUGGAUCGCUCACUGCAACUGUCCAGACAGAGGGCUGCUGCUCGGGAGCUGGCACCCAUCUUUGACAAGGACAAGGAGACUUGCAUGGAGGAGAUCCUGAAGAUGAAGUCCCUCUUGAGCACGAAGAGGGAACAGAUAGCCACUUUAAGGCUUGUACUUAAAGCCAACAAACAGACUGCAGAAGUAGCCUUGGCUAACCUGAAGAGCAAGUAUGAAAAUGAAAAGACUAUUGUGACAGAGACAAUGAUGAAGCUGAGGAAUGAGCUAAAGGCUCUGAAAGAGGAUGCAGCCACCUUUUCCUCUCUGAGGGCGAUGUUUGCCACCAGGUGCGAUGAGUAUGUUACUCAGCUGGAUGAGAUGCAGAGGCAGCUGGCAGCAGCAGAAGAUGAGAAAAAGACUCUUAACUCUCUGCUCCGCAUGGCCAUCCAGCAGAAGCUGGCUCUCACACAGCGUUUGGAAGACCUGGAGUGUGAUCAUGAACAGUCAUAUCGUGGCCGUGGAGUAAAGAUGCCCAAAAUCAAAACCAUUCCUCCGAAAAUUGUCAGCAGUCUGCUGCAUCAGUAUCGCCACGCUCCCGACAAGUGAGGAGUGGGAGAGUAUUCACAGCUCGCAGUACUAAUAUUGUGAUAACACUUCGAGAAGAUGAGCUACAAGAAGCCACCUCCAGACUUCCCUGUGACCCUUUUACAUGUCUGUCACAUCGCUCCAAUAUACCGGGUCCUUAGCCUAUUCCACUGGCCCCUCCCAUCCCACAAUUUCCUGUGGCCCUGCCUACUUCCAGAGGAACUAACCAGGGGACAUGCUUUUUAAACAUCCGUUCAGGUGCUCCUCUUUCUGCGUGACCUCAAAUGGACUCACCCUGUUUUAACCCACGUUGGUGAGCCAAGACUAUGGUGCACUACUUUGCUGUCAUUGGAUACAAAUUAACACAUCUUACUUUGGAAAGAGAGAGAGUGAAUAUUAAUGCCUGGAAUGGACUUUUUAGUCAUUUAUUUAUCUAUUUAUUUAUGUUUAUUAAGUUCUAUUUAUUUGCAAUCUUAUGUGACUGGAAUUCAUUUUCAUGUGAAACUGAAAGGUGCUGUGGAUUUUUAGAAUAUCAGCAACUGAGUAAGCAAAAUAUUGGUUUUUAUCCAAAACAUAAAAACAUGUUUAAAAGCUUCUAAGUGGUUUGGUAAAAUAAAUUGAUGUUUAGCAAUAAUUAAAAUUUCUAAAAUUUGUGAUUAAUGGCCAUGGGAUAAAUGAGUGGAUAGGAAAAGUCCUUGGCUUCCAAAUUGUUUGGGGUUUUUUUUUGUUUGUUUGUUUUUAACAAACCAAGAAAGUGUUAUUUGGCAAUAAGAUUUGCUUGAGGUAUUGAAUAGACCAGAACAAGUUGAAUCUAAGUAACAACUGUCUGUAAAUGUAAUUUUCCAACAUGUGGUUGAGAAACAUUUGGUUUUAACCUGUGUGAAACCUUCUGCUACACUGGAAGUGUUUCUAUUACAGUCAUAAUAUUAUGAUGCUAUGCAUAGGAUGUAUUCUAUUAAUUUAUAUUCAUUUUUUUUGCAAUGCAUUAUUAUAAAGAUUAUAUUUUAUACUUGAUUUAUCUCUUUUUUUCUUUUUUUGUUAUUUUUUUUACAGUUGAUGUGAGCAAGGUAGGUAAGAUUGUUUGAAUGUGAGUGAUACUGUAAAAGUUAAAGAGCAGAUAGUGAGUUUGGUCUGAUCCUGCUGUGCUGAAACUUUCAACAUUGUAACACCCCAAAAUAUACAACAAUUGAAAUCUUUUGCAUCAUAUUUUCACUAAUAAGGUGAUUAUGGAUGUAAUGUCUCUCCUCGCUCACUCUUCUCCCUUUCUCCCACCUGUGACUUAAGCACAAACACAUUAAUAAUCUCAAUAAUUAUUUGGUCGUAUUAUAUCGUCAAACAUACCAGCAGGACAAUUUCAGAUACUUUUCUGAUUUAAGAUGCUAAUAAAAUUGUAAAGAAAUUGUUAAACUACUAAAUUAAAUCUCUACUCAUUCAGUAUGUAAGUAUCUUUUGAGAAAGUGGAACAAAGUUGAGUUUCUCUAAUGACACUAACAAAAGAGGUAAUCUGAUGAAUGAACUUAUUGUGACGCCUUUUUCAGUCUUCCUGGUACUUUUGGUACCAUAUCUUUUAGUUUACAUGGAAGGGCUUUUGAUUGUUCUAUAUGAGAUGAUUGUGUUCAGUUUGAAAUUUUGUGGUUGCUUGAUGUGAACAAUGGUCUAAAAAGGAAAUGAAGUGAUAUACACUGAACUGGACAAUCACCCUCCUUGUUACCGGUGAAAGCAUACACAGUAAAAUCCCUAGUGUUAAUAAACGCCCAAAUCAACACUGGGGAUUUUGCUGUGUAGUUGUUACAGCAGGACAUAAUGAUACACUGCUUUUUGUGUCUAUGUAUUCAGUUGUGAUAGUCAUGAUUUAUGUAUUUGUUCAUGAAAUAAACUCUGAACUCAAGAUUCAGUUCUGCAUGUUGUCAAAGGCUAAUAAAAAAAUGAGGUGUGGCCCUCCUUGAGACACACAGCAGACUGCAUUUUGUUGAAAAGUAUAAGAUUGAAGACUGAAUUUUAAGGAGUACAAUGAUUGAAUAAGGACUGCAAUAUGUCACCUCUGGAAUAAUAUUGUUAAAAGUUCAUCAUCUUCAGUAACCGUUUUAACCUGGUUGUGGUGAAUCCUGAGUCAAUCCUGGGAACACUGGGAACGAGGCAGGAAUACACCAUAGAUGGAACACCAGUUUAUCACUGGACAAUAUGCACAUAUUCAACUAGUGGGCAUUUUAGAGUAGCCAAACUGCAUACUGGCAUGUUUUUGGUAGAUGGAAGGAAACCAGAGAACCCAUAAUUUGCAAAUAGUAAUUAUUCAACUCAAGAACUUAAAUAAGCAAUUAUGCUAUAGGUCUAAACACCCCUGCUUUAAAAACAAUAGAAACCAUCACAGAAAUUCUAAUGGUUUCCACUACAAAUACCAUUACAAAUCAUCAGCUAACCAUUAAAACCAUUACCAUUAUAGGUCCCUAAUUGUAUCCACUAGACAUAACAUGCCACCAAUAGAAGGCAAUAACUUACCAGUAGAGACCAUUACAGUUUCCAUUAAAACAAUAUAAUCAGUAUAACCAUUAAAACCAUUGUUUUUUUCAGCAGGGACUACAAAACCUAAUUCUGUGAUAAACAUUGAUGUUGCACCUGAGAUUUUAUGACUCACUAUUACAGGCAAAUACAACAUGACUUUUAAGGGACAUAUUUAUUAAAAAAGAAAGUGUGUGUGUGUGUGUGUGUGGGUGUGUGUGUGUGUGUGUGUGUGUUAUAUUACAUCCCACACCAUACUGUAUGUUUGUGUACAGGCGAUAGAUAAAGUGUGGAUGCCUAAAAUUCAUAGUCACCAUCUUCACCAACGGGCAGGGUAUUUUCUGGCUUACUUAUUUCCUGAUUAAAUUGAUCAAUAAAUGUUUCAACUUUUCUAAUUGCCUUGCUGUUGUGUUAUUUUCUUUUAAAAAUAACUGUCUAUGAUGUAGCACAUGAUGGUAGCUGGUAAAGAUGAUAAAUGAUCCAGCUUGACCAGGUCAAGACACCAGGUGUUUUGCUAACUGCUAGCUGUUCAGAAAAAGCUGGAUGUGUGAGUUUCAUUAAAAGCUGGAGUAGAAAGGACAUAAUAUGUAUGUCUUCUCUGUAAAGGAGAUAAUUUUCAUGUCAUAAGCCUUGAAAUAGGCUGCUGCUGUUGUUUUUUUCUGUGCUAAGCUGAACAAUGCUGCCUUUCAGGUUACAGUCUGCGGGGACUCUUUAGCAGCACAUUUGGGAUUUUUUUUUUUUUUUUGUCGUUUGGCCUUUCUUGAGACAGUCAAACUCUUCAGUGUUACUUCGGGGUAAGAAAAAGGAAAAAAAUAAAUAUAUAAAACGCGUUUGUUUGUUUUUUGCAGUUUAUUUGUAUUUGUAGUUCUACCUCCAACUGAACACCAACAACAAAACC